AUGGCUGCAUGCGAGACGUGCGUCCGAGGCCAAGUGGCCUCCACUGUGCGUUACUGCAUGACGGUCAUUGGCACAGUGGUCCUGGUGAUUGGGACACUCUGCUUUGCAUGGUGGAGCGAAGACGAUACAGCUGCCCAGCCUGGCUCACUGGCCCCCACAGUGGAACAUCCGUUGCCCAAGAUCCCCCCAAUUUGGCUCAAGUCUGUCAGCUUACUCUGCUGUAGCUUGGGUGGCCUGCUUCUGUUGUUUGGCCUGCUCUGGUCCAUCCAGGAAAGCUCAAAGAGGUCGAGCCAGGGGGAGCUGUACCACCUCUCCAGAGACCUGUAUCACCUUGCUGUGGAGUGUCUUCUUUCCUGUUCCCAUAGGCCUCCCAAGGAGGCUGUCAUUCCCACUUACGAGGAGGCCAUGUACUGUCCACUGGCUGAGGGUCCCCAGCCAUGCCCUGUGCAGCCCGAAGAAGACCUUCAGUGCCACGCCCCGGGGGAUGCCCUGCUGGGGUCAUCAUCCCUCUCACCCCCACCCAGCUACGAGAGCAUCAUCCUCCAUCAGGGGGCUGUUUAUGGUCCACGUGCUGCAAGCUCCAGCUCAGGUUGAGCUCAGGCUGCAGGGGAGUUCCAGCAGGCCCUUGAAACUGGUCCCUAAGCCAUGAGCUUGGCUCAGGGCAUCCUCCAGUGCUGGGUUCACAGCAGACAUCCAACAGAGCU